ACCUACAUACUCUCACCGGGAGGGCCGAGCGGAGCGCAGAAACGACGACGGUCCAUCUCUUUCGGAAAACACAUCGGUUAUAAACACAGCAUUUUAAUCGGAGGAGGGGGGAUACUGUUGAGAAAGUGAAGAUUCUAACAUAUAUUAAGAAAAAAAAAUGUCCGGUGAGAGAAACCGCAGGUCGCUGGCUUUCCGAGGAGGUGGAUUAGCUGGGUUAACGGGUUCCAGCGGUAUCGGUGGGGGGAACUGUAACAGCUGGGAGGCCCCGGCCUGUCAAGAUCGACAUUUUAACGGGAACAGGCCGGAUCAAGAGGAGGACAGGGAUCUGGGGGCGAAAGGACCAUCGCAGAAGAGAGUGGAGGGCGCUGGAUCUGUCAGCGAUAGCACGGAACCCGAGGCGGAGGAAGAAGAGGACCCGGAAGGGGGCAGUCGGGCAGCUGCGGAGGGCGACGAUCGUGUCGACUCGGUGGAAGCGGAGGACGGGUCCGGGGACGGGAAAAACUGGGUUGCGGGGAACGGUCACAGCAACAGCGCUGACGGCCAGGAGACUGCCAGGGGAGGCGAGACGGGAUCCAGGAAAUCUGGGGUAGAGAUGAGACCGCAGACGCUGCUUCAGAAACACUCGCUUUUCCACGCUUCAUGGUUGCAAGAAUUUCCAUGGCUCAAAUUUUGCCAGGAGACUGGACUCAUGUCGUGCUCCUGGUGUCACAACAUUGCCACUAAAAACAGCGACGAGCUCGUCAAAGGCAGUCGCAACUACAAGCGGGCCUUGCUGCUGAGACAUCACCUGUCUUCUGAGCACGGGAGAAACGAUCCCACCAAACAGGAGACACUGAGGCCCUCGGACAACACCAGCCCCUCCACUAACUGCACAGAGGAAGACUACCGCAACAAGCCCAACGAGAACUCCUACUGUUACCAGCUUCUACAAGAGCUGGACAAGCAACGCAAAAGUGGCAUCCUCUGUGACGUCAACAUUGUCGUCUCGGGCCAGGUGUUCCGCGCGCACAAAAAUAUCCUGGUCGCAGGCAGCCGCUACUUCAAAACCCUCUACUGUCUGACCAAGAGCGAGACCCAGGACCAGACCACGGUCACACACCUAGAUGUUGCUGCUGUGCAGGGCUUCUCGGUCAUCCUCGACUUUCUCUACUCUGGGAAUCUGCUGCUCACAAGCCAAAAUGCCAUUGAGGUGAUGUCAGUUGCUAGUUACCUCCAGAUGACAGAGGUUGUACAUUCUUGUAGGGCUUUUAUAAAGGAUGCUCUGAACAUCAGCAUCAAGCAAGAAGCUCCCGAUUCCGUGGUGGUGGACUACAACAAGAGGCAGAUGGUGGCCAAAGAGGGGCAAAGGGGGCUAGACCGUAAGCCAAGUAACUUCUGGGCGACAAGCAUCCUGUCAAAGCUAUCAAUCAAGGCCAGCAGCAAUCAAGGGAAGGAGGCAAUGGAAGAAGAUGAUGAAAAUGGCCGCGUGAAAGAGGAGACGAGUGAUAUAGAGGUGACAGUGGUCGGGGGUGAGGGCUGUGCCCUGGUAACCCCCGGAGCCUCUGGUAGCUGGACCCACCACGACAACUCAUCUGAUUCAGCAGAGACCAAUGAAAUGCGGGCGACGAGUGGCCAGACGCGGGUCUUCGUCUGGAACGAGCCAGCCACAGGCGGCACGGCCGCAUCACCCGCAGCAAUAAAGCGAGAGGCACCAGAUGCUGCAGCUGGAAGUGGACGGAGGAAAAAACAAGCUACAACACGGCGGUUUGUCUACAAUUUCCCACCAGAGCCUGAAGAGGGAUUUGAUGAGGGGAUGUUCAUCCAGCCUUCAGCCUCCUACCCCAGAGAGGACUUCUCCUCGCUCUCCGAAAAUGCUGAGCUGGCCAAUCAGAUCCAGUAUAGCAUCAUGCAAGACUUACAACAAGGGGAGUCCUGGGAGAAUGGCGAGUCCUCACACCUAGCCCUCAAUAAGCUCAAGUGCCCCCACUGUAACUACAUCGCCAAGCACCGUCGCACACUCAAGAGGCAUCUGAUCAUCCACUCAGGUGUGCGCUCUUUCAGCUGCGACAUCUGCGGCAAGCUGUUCACCCGCCGUGAGCAUGUAAAGAGACAUUCCCUGGUUCACAAGAAGGACAAAAAAUACAAGUGCAUGGUAUGCAAGAAGAUCUUCAUGCUCGCAGCAAGCGUGGGUAUCCGCCACGGCUCGCGGCGCUACGGCGUGUGUGCAGACUGCGCCGACUCGCACCAGGCCACUCAGGAGGGCCUGGAGGGCAUCGAGUUUCCUCGGGACGAAGACUUUGACGGGGAGGAAGGGGAAGAAGUGGAGGGCGAGGAACCUGCUGAGAACGACCAAUCAAAUUGGGGCGAGGGCAACGCUGGUGCUGCCCCGGAAGAGGACUAAAAAAAAAAUAAAUACAUUUUUAACAAGCUUGAGAAACAAAAAUGAAUAACAGUUGAUGUUUAAUAUAUAUGUAUACAGAAAUCUAGCUGGUAAACAAUCAACUCCAAAGUGCUAUCAAACCUUGAGGUUACUUAAUUGUGCGAGUAUAUGACAAAGAGUUUGAUUUUUUUUUUUUUUUUUUUUUAAAGAAAAGCUUUGCGGGAACUCCAAGAUGUACAGAUUUUAUUAUUGCUCAAAUGUGUCCAACUCUGGGCCCAGCGCCCACAAGAGAACGAUUUAAUGACGAAUAACGUGAUGAAUCAGGUCUUUGGUGAUGUAUUUUAUUUCCUGUUUUGUUUUUUGUUUUCGGGACGGGCUGGCGGGAGUCUGGUAGGGUGAAGUAGUUUUUGAGUUGAGUUAGGCCAAUCAUCUAAACAAAGAAAUGUUAAUUAUUUAAUUUAUGAAGAGAGGUCUUUAUGGUCUUAUCAGAUUCUAUAAUUUGUUUUGUUCUAUUGUUUCUUUCUUUGUCUGCGAGCAGAGCCGUAGUAAGCCGUCGCUCUCUGCUGCGUCUGAGUGUGCGUUGUAGAAGUACACAGAAGAAGAGCAUUACUGUCCACAGGAAGAUUUUACCUUGCUCUGUAGAUUUUUUUUUUUCUUUUCUUAGAUGCGCUAAAUAUUAUUCUUUUCUG